CGAGGGAGUUGACGUAAUCUCUUCGGUAAAUCAAGGCAAUCCAUCAAUUCCUCUUUUCGCUUGUGUGCCGAUAGACGUCCGCCCUGCAUCUCUACUGGAAAAUAAACUCGUCAAGAAGUCACCGGUUGCAACUCCCAGGUCUACCCGGCGGAGGGUACCGCUAUAAUGGGUGUUUCUGACCAAAGUGGAGUUAAUAACAGUUUUCGUGCUCGCGGAUUCAGAUAAAAAAACAACACAUCUUGACGCCCGCUAGCUAACGUUAGUUCUCGGCGCUAUCCUAUGCUGUUGUCUUGGUGAGAAUCUUCAAACGAGGGAUAUACAAGGAAUCGUACUGGGAGACAGUCAUAAACCGCAAACAUGUCUGGGGCGUCUGUAAAAGUCGCUGUUCGAGUCCGGCCCUUCAAUUCCAGGGAAAUGAGCAAGGAAUCAAAAUGUAUCAUUCAGAUGCAAGGCAACACUACAACUAUUUCCAAUCCCAAAGCCCCAAAGGAACCAGCAAAGACCUUCAGUUUUGAUUAUUCAUACUGGUCACACACUACACCUGAAGACCCGAGCUUUGCAUCACAGAACCGGGUGUACAAUGAUAUUGGAAAGGAAAUGCUGGAGCAUGCCUUUGAAGGCUACAAUGUCUGCAUCUUUGCCUAUGGACAGACAGGAGCUGGCAAAUCCUAUACGAUGAUGGGCAAGCAGGAGGAGGGACAGGAAGGAAUCAUUCCUAUGCUUUGUGAAGAUCUGUUCGAGAAAAUCAAUGAGGACAGCAACAAAGAGGAGCUCUCCUUCUCAGUCGAGGUCAGUUACAUGGAAAUCUACUGUGAGCGGGUGCGAGAUUUGCUCAACCCUAAGAACAAAGGGAACCUGCGAGUGCGAGAGCACCCGCUAAUGGGCCCGUAUGUGGAGGACCUGUCCAAGCUAGCUGUCACCUCCUACACAGACAUCGCUGACCUAAUGGAUGCAGGCAACAAGGCCAGAACUGUGGCUGCCACGAACAUGAAUGAGACCAGCAGCAGGUCCCAUGCUGUUUUCACCAUCGUCUUCACACAGAGGAAACAUGACAGCGAAACAGACCUCUCCACAGAAAAGGUCAGUAAAAUUAGUCUGGUAGACUUGGCAGGCAGUGAACGAGCAGAUUCCACUGGAGCUAAAGGUACCAGGCUAAAGGAGGGAGCAAACAUCAACAAGUCUCUCACCACAUUAGGAAAAGUAAUCUCAGCCUUGGCUGAAGUGGAUAAUUGUACCAGCAAGAGCAAGAAGAAGAAGAAGACUGACUUCAUUCCUUACAGAGACUCUGUUCUGACAUGGCUGCUGAGGGAGAACUUGGGUGGAAACUCCAGAACAGCCAUGGUAGCUGCCCUCAGUCCUGCAGAUAUCAACUACGAUGAAACUCUAAGCACGCUCCGUUAUGCGGACCGAGCUAAGAACAUCAAAUGCAACGCUGUCAUCAAUGAGGAUCCCAACAAUAAGCUGGUGCGUGACCUGAAGGAUGAAGUGGCUCGACUGAAGGAGCUGCUCCGUGCCCAGGGCCUGGGAGACAUCCUGGACAUUGAUCCUAUGGGGGAUGAUUGCCCAGGCAGUGGAAUCAAAUCCCCUAUUGGUUCCCUGACAGCCUCUCCAUCCUCUGGCUCACUGUGCAGCCAGGUGGGCCUUCAGUCAGUCUCCAGCAUUCAGGAGCGUAUCAUGUCCACCCCUGGAGGAGAGGAGGCUAUCGAAAGACUCAAGGAAUCAGAAAAGAUCAUUGCUGAGCUCAAUGAAACCUGGGAAGAGAAACUGCGAAAGACGGAGGCAAUCCGCAUGGAGAGGGAGGCCUUGCUUGCUGAGAUGGGUGUGGCAAUCCGUGAAGAUGGAGGCACUUUGGGGGUCUUCUCUCCUAAAAAGACUCCACACCUCGUUAACCUGAAUGAGGAUCCUCUCAUGUCAGAGUGUCUACUUUACUACAUCAAAGACGGAAUUACAAGGGUGGGUCAGGCUGAUGCUGAAAGACGACAGGACAUUGUUUUAAGUGGUGCUCACAUCAAAGAAGAGCACUGCAUCUUUCGCAGCGAGAGGAAUGCCAAUGGAGAUGUUAUCGUCAUGCUGGUGCCCUGUGAGGGAUCAGAAACCUAUGUUAAUGGAAAGCGUGUCGAGGAUGCCAUCCAGCUUCGUUCAGGGAACCGUAUCAUUAUGGGAAAGAACCACGUCUUUCGAUUCAACCACCCUGAACAGGCAAGAGCUGAGAGGGAGAAGACACCAUCUGCUGAAACCCCUGUGGAGCCGGUGGAUUGGACCUUUGCUCAGAGAGAGCUUCUGGAAAAGCAGGGCAUCGACAUGAAACAGGAGAUGGAGAAACGGCUCACUGAGAUGGAAAUCUUGUACAAAAAGGAGAAGGAAGAAGCCGACCAGCUUCUGGAGCAGCAGCGACUGGUGUACGAGAGUAAAUUGCAGGAACUUCAGAAACAGGUGGAGACAAUUUCUCUUGUAGCUGAGACACCUGAUGAAGAAGAGUUGGAGGAGGAGGAGGAAGAGGAAGUGCCAUGGACUCAGCACGAGUUUGACUUGGCUCAGUGGGCCUUCAGGAAGUGGAGGUACCAUCAGUUUACGUCCCUCCGUGACCAGCUUUGGGGAAACGCCGUCUAUCUGAAGGAGGCCAAUGCCAUUAGUGUAGAGCUAAAGAAGAAAGUCCAGUUCCAGUUUGUCUUGCUGACAGACACACUUUACUCUCCGCUGCCACCUGAGCUCUCGUCACCAGAGCCAGAGAAAGAGCGAGACUCCAGGCCUUUCCCCCGCACUGUGGUGGCUGUAGAAGUUCAGGACCUAAAGAAUGGGGCCACACACUACUGGUCCCUGGAUAAACUCAAGCAGAGGCUGGACCAAAUGAGAGAGAUGUAUGAUCGUGCUGGAGAAAUGGCCUCCACAAACCAGGAGGAUGGCGAGGGAACUCUGACAGGAAAUGAUCCUUUCUAUGACCGCUUCCAUUGGUUUAAACUUGUGGGGAGCUCCCCCAUCUUCCAUGGUUGUGUCAAUGAGCACCUGGCCGACCGCACGCCCUCGCCUACCUUCUCCACCACCGACUCUGAGAUCACCGAGCUGGCGGACGAGCGACAGAGUGAGAUGUCUGACUUUAUUGACGAUGAGGCAUUUGUGGACGACACGAGCUCCGACGCGGGCACCGAGGAGGGUUCGGACAUCUUCAGCGACGGCCAGGACCCCUUCUAUGACCGCUCCCCCUGGUUCAUUCUAGUGGGAAGAGCUUUUGUGUACCUGAGCAACCUGCUGUACCCUGUACCACUGGUGCACCGUGUUGCCAUAGUAACAGAGAAGGGUGAGGUGCGUGGUUUCCUGCGUGUGGGGGUUCAGGCUAUAGCUGCUGACGAGGAGGCUCCAGACUACGGGUCAGGAGUUAGACAGUCAGGAACUGCCAAGAUCUCCUUUGAUGAUGAGUACUUCAAAAAGAAUGACUUUCCCUCCACCGUAAUGACCCGUUCCGGCUUGUCGCUGGAAGAGCUGCGCAUAGUGGAGGGUCAGGGUCAGAGUUCAGAGGUCAUCACACCCUCAGAGGAGCUCAACAGAAUCAAUGACAUGGACCUCAAACUGGGUAACAUAGCAGAGACCAAGCUGAGUUGUGGUGACGGUCUGGCAGGUCAGCUGGAGGUUGGCAGCAUCUUUACCUUCCGUGUUACUGUGCUUCAGGCCAGCGGCAUCCCGCCGGAGUAUGCAGAUAUCUUCUGCCAGUUCAACUUCCUGCAUCGUCACGACGAGGCCUUUUCCACUGAGCCUCUGAAGAACACCGGCAAAGGAGCUCCUCUGGGCUUUUAUCAUGUCCAGAAUAUUUCAGUAGAGGUCACAGAGUCCUUUAUUGAGUAUAUCAAGAGUAAGCCCAUCGUGUUCGAAGUGUUCGGCCACUACCAGCAACACCCGCUGCACCUUCAUGGCCAGGACCUGAUCAGUCCUCCAACACCUUCAAGGAAAUAUUAUCCGAUUCCCAUGCCUCUGUCUAAACCAGUUCCAGCCACCAAGUUGAACACCAUCACCAAGUCCAACUUGGGUCAGUGUGUCAGCAAGUACGACCUGCUGGUCUGGUUUGAGAUCAGCGAGCUGGAGCCCACUGGAGAGUACAUCCCAGCUGUCGUGGAUCACAGCGGGGGACUGCCCUGCCAUGGCACCUACCUACUGCACCAGGGGAUCCAGCGGAGGAUCACGGUGACUCUCAUCCACGAGAAGGGAAGUGAGCUUCACUGGAAGGAUGUUCGUGAGCUGGUUGUGGGUCGCAUCAGGAACAAGGCCGAAGUGGACGAUAGCGCUGCCGAUGCGGUCCUAUCCCUCAACAUCAUUUCUGCUAAGAACAUCAAGUCGUCCCACAACUCCAACAGGACUUUCUAUCGCUUUGAGGCAGUGUGGGACAGCUCCCUGCACAACUCCCUCCUCCUCAACCGAGUCACUCCGUAUGGAGAGAAGAUCUUCAUGACCCUGUCUGCAUAUCUGGAGCUGGACCAUUGCAUCCAGCCUGCUAUUAUUACCAAAGACAUCUGCAUGGUCUUCUACUCCCGAGACGCAAAGAUAUCUCCUCCCCGUUCCCUCAGGAACCUGUUUGGGAGCGGAUACUCCAAAACCCCUGACUGCAAUCGAGUCACUGGCAUCUACGAGCUGAGCUUGUGCAAGAUGUCCGACACAGGAAGCCCAGGGAUGCAGCGGAGGAGGAGGAAGGUCCUGGACACAUCAGUGGCUUAUGUGCGUGGAGAGGAGAACCUGGCUGGCUGGAGGCCCAGAGGAGACAGUCUCAUCCUGGAGCACCAAUGGGAGUUAGACAAAAUGGAGCAGCUGCAUGAGGUGGAGAAGACCCGUCACCUGCUCCUGCUGAGGGAGAAGCUGGGAGAUGCGGCUCCAGUGGGACCAGCUCCCACCGCCAAGUCCCUGAGCGAGCCGCUGUCCCCCAGCAUGAGCUCGGGCACCCUGUCCACCUCCACGUCCAUCUCCUCACAGAUCUCCAGCACCACCUUUGAAAGCGCCAUCACACCCAGCGAGAGCAGUGGCUACGACUCGGCUGACAUUGAGAGCCUGGUGGAUCGUGAGAAGGAGCUGGCUACUAAGUGCCUGCGCCUCCUGACACACACCUUCAACAGUGAAUAUAACCAAGUGGUCAACAGUAUCAGUGACUGUAAGCUGUCUGACAUCUCACCAAUGGGACGUGACCCAUCAGUGACCAGCUUCAGCAGCGCCACCCUCACUCCCUCCUCCACCUGCCCUUCAUUGUCGGACUCCCGCUGUGGUUCCAUGGACCAGAAGACCCCAGAGAACAACUCCCGUGCCUCCAGUCCAUCCUGCUCAGACUAUGAAAACUUCCCAAUGGUUCCCUCUCUGGAGACCUCGUACCUCGCACGGGCGGGAAAGAAUGAGUUCCUCAACUUGGUGCCUGAUAUUGAAGAAAUGAGGCCAGGAUCGGUAGUGUCUAAGAAGGGUUUCCUCAGCUUCAUGGAGCCGCGCUCCAACUCGUGGGUGAAACACUUUGUGGUUGUGCGCCGGCCCUACGUCUUCAUCUACAACAGCGACAAGGACCCGGUGGAGCGCGGUGUCCUUAACCUGUCCACAGCACAGGUGGAGUACAGUGAAGACCAACAGGCCAUGCUCAAGACUCCCAACACAUUCGCUGUGUGCACAAAACAUCGAGGAAUCCUGCUGCAGGCCAACAAUGAGAAAGACAUGAAUGACUGGCUGUACGCUUUUAACCCUCUGCUAGCAGGAACGAUAAGAUCUAAGCUGGCGAGGAGGCGCAGUGGCCUAAUGAAGAACUGAGUGAGUGAAGCGGCACACAGGAAAGCACGGCUUCUGUUCUUCCUGGAAAGCCUUUGAACAUACCAAGUGUUAACACUUAUUAAUCAUUGUGAUUCUUGACGUUUUCUCUUGUAAGUAGACUUGUGGCUUAAGUCUCCUUUCAUGCGACUAAAAGUUUCAGUUCGGGAAUUUGCCUCCCCCUCUCCCUCCAGCAACCCUCUGCCAACUAAGCUUCCCUCCUCUCUCUUUCUCUUCCCUUCCUUCUCCUCCUGAGCUUUUUGUGUUUUUGUUUUUAUGACAAUGUUUGGGUCUAAUUUUGUUCCGCUUCGUUGUCAUUCCCUAACUCCCUAACUAGUAGCAUGUUGUAAUAGUCUACGUGUGUGUGCACGAUUCUUCAGAAACUGUUCUUUCAGGCCACUAAUUUUCAGUUUGCUAAUCAUCUGUAAAAAAAAAAAAGAACAAUGUCUCUAUCAGUGUUAAAUGUCUCCAGAGAAAAGUUUUAUUUUAUUUUUUAUUAAUAUAUGCCCGCAUGAUAACUACAGCAGUCCUCAGGAGAAGACCAGGUUUGCAUAUUCAAAAAAAUUAAUAAAACAAAUCAGCUAACCUACAGUUCAAAAUAUAAAGGGAAAAUAAAUAAAUAUCUCCUUGUGGCAUUUCAGUUUAUGUUAUGCUACCGAAGGCGAGGUUAUUUUAAGAUCCACUGCUGCUAAUGAAUUCAGAAGUUUUUCUUCUCUUGGUGAGAAGUGGACGCUGCCUCUAGCCCCCCCCCCACCGCCUCUUAAACAGCCUUUAGAAACAAAAACGUUAAGUCCCGACUCAGCCAGACGUGAAGGCAGCACUGGGUUUCCACCGUCAACCACCCACUCCUCAGUCCGUGUACAUACACCAACUCCAACCUCCCAUCGUGCCGUCAUUCACUGAGUGAUUACUUACAAUCAUGUAUUCGUGUCAAAAACACACACUAACUGAAGAAACAUGCAAAAAUAUAUGAAGAUUAUUUCCUAUUUCAGCAGCAGGGAAACAGGAGGAUGGAUGUCCCUGUCGUUUUGCUUUUUCAUCUCAAAAUAAACAAACAACAAAAAAAAAAAAAAAAAACAGGGUUUCCAGGAGAUGAGGAGGAGGAAGAUUUGUACAUACUGUCUGUUCUGGGUUCAUUGUGGUAGUUAAAUCUCAUUUCCUCUCAGCUCCUCCAGUUCUUAGCAGUUUUUUUUUUCUAACGCCAACAUGUUGAGCCUCAAGAGAGUCUUAACAUUUGCUCAUAUUUUGUUUAACCUCUGUCUGAUACUGAAGACAACACUGAAAAUGGCAAAAUAGGAGGAAGAAGUAGGAAAGAGAAUGAAGUUGUAAUGCUUUAGCCUUGACGUCAGUGCUUAAUUGAUGAAGCUGCUAGCACAUAGCCUGCAGGACAGAUGAUAGUCUACCGCAUGACUCUUCACUGUCGUGAUAGCGAAGUAGUUACCGUUCAGCAGCACCACAGCUUACCAUGCGUUCGUUUUCUAUUUCUUGAAUUCAAACCUCUUAACUCAUCUAACUCUCAGUGGGUUAGCUCCUUUUUUUUUAAAAUUAUUUUUUCUAUUAUGUUUUUAAUCAUUCCAUAGGGAAGUUUUAUAUGAAAUGUAACAGAGGGCAUUUGCUUCUUAAUCAAUUUUAUUGGUGUUUAACCUUAUUUUGCACAUUAACACAUAUCUAUAGCAAGACGAGGGCAGAUCACACAUGAUGAGUCCAAGAUUAUUUCUGCGUAUCAGGAACAAUGAUAACUGAGCACAUAUCAAGGCUACACUGGAUCGCUCUUCCUCAGAAAGGUUUGCUAGAAAGAAAGAAGUGAUAUUAAAGGGAUAACAUAUAUUCAAAGGUUUUUAUUUCUGAUAUUGUUUAUGAAAAUAUUUGCUCAUCAUAUGACAGCUGCUACAUUUGGCUUGUGGUAAAUUCUGCCAUUUUUGGUGCCUCUGUCUCUUCAAAGGGUACAACUGUGUUAAGUGCAACUAGGCAUUUAAAAACUCUGGCCAACCAACCAGCAGUAUGCCUACUGUAUCAUAUGAAAGGGACAUUAGGGUUAAAUGUGUUGAAACAGAGGUGGCUGCUGCCUGUUAUAUGUAUCAAUGGAUUUUAUUGGUGACAUCUGUCAUUGUUUGCUCAUCUAAGGACACAAAAUAUUUGCCUCAGAAGUCAGAAUGAAUGAAAACUGCAGAGCGUCACUGCCCUCAGGUCAACCAGCCUGCCGGUCACAGCGAGACAAAAAUCCUGCUGAAUUGUUUCUGAGGAAAUAUUUUGUCUGUCAACAAAGCAACAUGCAAGUAAUAUUACAAAACAUCUAUGCACUGAUCAAAGCUCAAAGUGCAGUGUACCUCACAUUAACCUCAACGGUCUCCACGUGUGUGAGAUACUUAUAUAUGAAUACCUGUCAGAGCAAAUAUUUUCACUUCACUAAUUUGCAGAGGUUUAUUGUUUGGGAUUGUGUAUUUAUUGUUUGCAAUGUAUAUAUUAGUUUGCAGCUCUUUGCACAUAUCAAUAAAAGGUUCAACUAACUGAUCAAAUAAAGUCUGUGCGGUUUAGUUGUUCAACUCAGAAUCAACCAAAUGAUGGCGUGGCAGCCUCCUCCAGUCUGAGCUGGGGGAGCGUUGAAUGUACUAUGAAGCUGUGUGUUUUUCCAUCAUUGAAAAAACAAAAAAAAAAAGGAUUUAAAAAGAGAACUAAAAUGUAACCCACUGCAUCUUUUCAGGGGAGGUGAGUUACAUUUGUGCUUCCUCUUUAUUAGAGAAUAGUUUGAGUGGAAGUCUGCUUUUGAUUUGAAGAAUAUUUACUUGCUAUUCAUAGUCGGCCACUCGAAUUCUAACAAAAUAAGGGUGGUUUUUAACUCAUUUUAUUUUUUUCUAAUAUCAGGGAAUAUAAUACAAAGUAGCUAGUGACAUCUAAAAUGACAGUAUACUAUUGUUGUGAUGGUGUCUUUCCUCACCUCAACACUUUUCUUUUCCCAUUGAUGCCUUUCAAACAAAACUAGCCAUGAUAUUUUCCAUCUUCCCCUCUGACAAUUAAUAUCAGUUAACUGCGCUCCCUUUGGAUUUGUUCAAAAGAAAAAGACAAACCGUGACAUUAACACUGUACAUUAUUUGUCAGACUGGUUUCAUUUUCAUACUUAUUUUGUAAAUAUCUGUGUUGUAUGGAGCUUGAAUUAAAAUGUAAAUAUGUUUACUGUAUUUGUAAUAAUUAUAAUCCAUUCGCUGUAUAGCAUAGAUGUGUCAUGCAGAUAUCCUAAUUCUGUGUAUGGUAAACUUGCACCAUUGAACUGUUUAGUGAAUGAGGCAACAAUAAAAGUGCAAACUGCA